CUGUCGCAAUGGAGACAGGUCGCCUCCGCGAGUUCUGCAGGCGCGUUAGCAGGCUCGUCGGCCUGCCCGGCAGCCCGGAGACCGGCACACGGGUUGCCUCCGCCGCCUCCGCCGAGCCUCAGAACUCGUCGGAGGCGGCUUCGCGAGCCAAGGACCGGUUUCCCGGGAUGCUCAGCCGCGAGGCACGCAGCGUGUGUGCCGACGGCCUUCGCUCCUCCUGCGAUCGCCUUUGCCGCCUCAUGAGAGGACGGCCCUUCUCGGUCGUGCUCCUGACGGUGGCGUGGGUGGUGCUCCUCACGAUGGCAGCCGUGCUUGUGCCGCCGGCCGAGCUGUGCGUCGGCUCGGACGAGGCGUGCCUCAACUGGGAGUCGUACCUCACGGUCUCUCUCCUUCUCACCGCGGUGCUGCUGAUGGCGAAUGGCUCGCCCCCCGACCUCGUCAUGCUCGCUCUCACCGUGGCGCUGCUGCUCUGCGGCGUCAUCUCCGACGCGCAGGCGUGGGCGGGUUUCUGCUCCUCUUCGGUCCUCUCCAUCGGCGCGCUCUUCGUCGUCGCGCGCGCACUCGAGGAGACGCGCGCUGUCGAGCUGAUGCUGCGGCCGCUGCUCGGCCGUCCCUCGGGCCACGUCACCGCCCUCCUCCGCCUCUGCUUCCCGGUCGCUGUCGUGUCGGCUUUCCUCAACAACACGCCCAUCGUCGCGAUGCUGCUGCCGGAGGAAGCGGCGGGGCCCGGGAUUCGGCUCCAGCCCAACGACCGGGUGCUGCUCUGGGGCCUCGCCGCGGCGGUGGACGGCCUUCGAAAAACAGAAGCAGGGGCGGGCGUGGCGUCGACGCCGAGCUACCCGGCCGCGCGCUCAGCCCACCUGGUGCUGGUCGAGGCCGCCGUCGCCCUCGAGUCCCCCCUCGUCGGCCUGCGUUUGUCGGAGGCGGCCGAGUGCGCGGUGCUGCGCGGUGCCGACGUGUGGGCUGGCUUGCCGCUGCGGCCCGGAGACACGCUGCUUCUCGAGGCGCCCGACAGCUGGGUGCAGGCGAACCGCAUCUUGCACCACUUCGCCCUCCUGCGCCGCGUCGCCCAGCCGUGGCGGCCACGCUCCGUUGAGGCGGUGGAGCGGCUCAAGCUCGCGGCGUCGCUGUCUGCGCUGCUGCUGCUGCUCGUCUGCUCCGCGCUGGACCUCGUCAGCCUGCUGCCGCUCGCCCUCUCCAUCGCCUACGCCCUCGCCUGGCGCUCCAUCUCGUACCGCCUCGUGCUGACGAUCGCGUGCUCCUUUGGGCCCGGCGCCGCUCUGACCAACACGGGCGUCGCCGCCGCGCUCGGCGCAGGCUUGGUGGAGCUGCAGGUGCUGGGGUCGUUCGGCUUCUUGCUUUGCAUCUACCUCACGACCUCCGCCCUCUCGUGCUUCGUCUCCAACUCGGCCGCCGUCGUCGCCUUCUACUCGGUCCUCCGCGACGUGCGCGUGCCGGGCCUCAACUCGGAGCAGCUGAUGGUCGCGAUGAUGCUCGGCGGCUCCUCCGCCUUUGCGACGCCGAUCGGCUACCAGACCAACCUCAUGGUGCUCGGCCGCGGGGGGUACGCCUUCACAGACUUCAUGGCCCUCGGCGGCGGCCUCACCCUCGUCGUGGGCUGCGUCGUCUCGGCGGGCUGCCUCGUUUUCCUGGCCGACGCCGCCGACGUGCCGCCCGCUGCGCCGCCAGCGCUUCCUCCUUGA